AAUCAAUUGACCCCGCCAACCCCUCACCAGUGCGCGUGCUCCCCGGCCGCAAUCCAGAGAUGCUCAACUUUAUGGACCUUGUCCAGAACGCGUUCUACAGCACGACGCGAUGGAACACCGACAACAGCUACUCGACCCUCAAUGCAUCGACACGGGCGCUCCUCGACUUCGCGACCCCGCGGGGGCUGCGGAUGAACCUGUCCUCGCUCGCGACGCAGCACUUCGCGACGUCCUACACCCUCGGCUCGCUCUCCGUAAUCGACGGUAGUCUCAGCUACAUCUACUCAACGGUGCCAUUGCACCUCGCCUCCACCGCCGCGAUCGACCUCCGCCUCGUCACCCCCGGCUACCGGCAGCUACAGCCUACGCUCCCCCCAUCCGCCGCGUGCAAUGCCGCGCUCCUCUACGGCCGCAUGUACCUCCCCAAGGGCACGCUCGAGGCACUGUACCUGCGGCGCCUCGGCGCCACCACCCAGGUCCGCGUCACCGCCGUCAGCGACUCGCAGCUGAAGCAUGGCGGCUCCGUCAUGGGCAUCCUGCAGCACGACACUGGCCGCUGGUGCAGCGAGUACCUGUACUCGACGGAUGUGGCGCUGCUCGGCUGGCGCGGGUUGUAUAAUUUUGGCCGCGACACGGUUGAGGAGGGUGCUAGCGAUAGGCCCGUGUGGAGGUGCAGCGCCGGCGCGGAACUGUACUAUGGCGUUUUGAAUAAGAGUGCUGGGAUGUCCACUGGGCUCAGAUACACCACGCUACCAUCGCACCCCGGGAUCCCGCUGACGAUGACGCUGACGCUCAAUCCGCUGAUGGGCCACCUGUCGGCGACGUACGCGCUGCUUGCGGGGGAGUCCACCGCGUUCGCGACCAGGUUCGAGUUCAACAUGUACUCGUACGAGAGCGACCUGGUGCUCGGCUGCGAGCUGUGGCGCGGGAAGGGCGAGGAGGGGGCGGAGGGGGUGUUGAAAGCGAAGGUUACGAGGAACGGGAGCGUCGGGCUGCUGUGGGAGGGUAGGUUUAAGGAGCUGCUUUUCUCGGUCGGCGGGUUAGUGGAUUUUGGGGGCAGGGGCGGCGUAGUUAAGGUGCUGGGGGUAGAGCUGUCGUACUCUUCGUAGGGAUAGGUAUUGAAGCAUUUGAGCGGGCGUUUGGGGGUGGGGAUUUACUUGCGGUGGUGAUGAUGCACUCGUGCAUAUUAUACUGGCAUCUUUGAUGGGAUCUCGUUGGUUACUCCGAUAGCAGUGGGCUGCAUCUCGUCAACCACAGUACCGGGCGGAGAUGAUUCUUAUCCA